AUGCCGAGCACAAUAACCUGUUGGGAGGCGGGAGUGAAGGGAACGGGCAAUUCAAUAUGGUAUCAAUCGUGCGGACCUCUAAUAGCACUUUUGUGUUUGGCCGCCAUUACCGCCGCUGAGCGCACACUACUAGUGGACACAACUCGCGUAUUACUGGCCGACGAGACACGUGUUGGUCACUCGACGCACUCCCACAACAACACUGAGUGGUCUGACGGCCGGUUGCGCUGAUCGCCAUGUCUUCAGCCCAGACAUCGAUGUAUGCCUGCACUCGAUGUAACUCAAGACAUCCCUUUGAAGAGCUUUCACAGGGACAACAACUCUGCAAAGUAU